UGUCAUUGACAGGGUGUGGCAAAUCGUUAAUUGCCAUGUCAUAAGAGUGGCGAAUAGUUAAAUUUCCCAUUCUGGCGUUAGCGUUGUGCCGUCGUAGCACCAACUCCGUGUGGCCCAGCCGUCAAUGGCAACAUGACAAUAAGUUGAGCGCUACUCGUCUUCCACCUCUUGCAAGAACACCCAACAACAUUAGCGAAACCAAGCAGCAGGUGAUCGUUGAUCAGCAAGUCAUCAAGAGAUGGACUCGGUGGGCGCGAUCGUGAAAGUGGUGCAGGCGAUCUCGAAGGCGGUGAGCACGGCUCGCCGGAACGCGGCGAGCUGCAAGGAGCUCGCCGAGCGCGCCCAGCAGGUCGCCAAGAUCCUACCGGACUCCAACUCCAAGGCGGUGGCGAGGGGCGACGCGACGGCGGCGAACAUCCUGCGCCGGCUCAGGGGCGCCCUCGACGACGCGCUCCAGCUUGUCGAGUCCUGCCAGAGCGGCGGCGGCUGCCUGUCCUGGCCGCUCAUGCUCGUCACCGGCGACGGGCUCGCCGCCAAGUUCGCCGACGUCAACGCCAGGAUCAGCAACUGCCUCGUCGACCUCCAGGCCGCCAAUGGCGUCCGCAUCGAGGAGAAGAUCGACCGCCAGGCCGCGAACGGCAGCCGCAUCGAGAAGAAGCUCGACAAGCUCGCCGUCGCCGCUGGCUCUCGCGAUCAACCUAAUCAACGCCGCGCAAACAACUCAUCGCAGCGGGAGAUCUUCAACACCGGCAAGAACGGCAACAACAAUGGUGGAUGGAACAAGGGCGGCGGGCAGCAGCAGAACGGAGGGAAGGGAGGCAAACGGAGGAGAGGCAAGAAGGCGGCCGGGCCGCCGCCGCCGCCGCAGCAGCCGCAGUUUCGCCCCCGCGCCGGCGCCGGCGGCGGCGUCCCAUUCUACCCCUCGAUGGAGGAGGAUCCCACCUCCUGCUCCGUGAUGUGAGCCACGGACGGAGGAAGCCAUGCAAGCAUCUGAGCUCCGGCGGCUGCGCGGGGCGCAGCUCGUGCUUGAUAUAUCCAUCACCACCUGUGAUGGCGACGGUGGCGGCGGCGCCGCCGUGGCGAAAUCGUAAGAAUCGUAGCGGCGCCGGCGAGAGCUGGUCGAGAUCAAGUACAAAGGGUACUGCAUGAUUUCCCGAACGGAUCAAAGCUUCAUUUUCAUUGCAUAUAUUUGGGCAUCCUGAAAUCCAUGGACCAAGUGAUGAUACACAUAACACAUGGAUAAUGGAUUUCUUCAUCAUGCAUUUGGGGUAGCAUCGGAAUGGGUUUGGAUAUUAUCUCGGCUGUGUUUAAUUAAUUUCUUGAUCAAAUUUAGAUUGGAUAUAUAUCUAACCGUUCCUAGCUUCAUCGAGUUCAGUUGUAGUGUAAUCGAGUCUCUACUGUACUGUGUAAUGUAAUAUUGCGUUCUCCGUGUCUGUAGUCAAGUCUAGUAGUAUGUCAGGUUUGCUUCAUUUUUGUACUAAGGUGGUGUUUGGAUCCAGGGACUUAACUUUAGUCCCUGUAUUUAGACACUAAUUUAUAGUAUUAAAUAUAGACUACUUAUAAAACUAA